ACUUGACGUAGACUCACUAUGGGCAGUCCCGCCUUUUCGAUCGGUGUAGUCUGUCGAGCGCCCCUAUCGAUUCAGCCCCUAAAUUAGCAUAUCAGCGGACGUGCAGCGAAGCAGCGGAACACGGCAUUGCCAGGUCACUCAGAAAACAUGGCGGCUGUGGAAGAAGAACUAACGGCUGGAACUUCAAGAUUGAGUACAAAGGAAAAAAUUGAGCGAGGAGUCACUCUUAAAGUGGAGGGGAACGAAUAUUUCAAGAAAAAAGACUACAGGGAUGCAAUGAAAAGUUAUCAUAAGGCAUUACUGCAUGUGAAAGGGCUUAUCGAUCGGCCGUUUGUAUUUGGACUGGACUCGGCCGGGAGAGACAUUUCUGAGGAAGACAAAGAAAAAAUUUACCAAGUUCAGUUUAGUUGCUACAACAAUUUAGCCGCUUGUUUACUCAAAGACAAUCGUUGGGAUCGGACAAUACAUUACUGCAAUGAGGCCCUAAAAAUUCAACCAUCAAAUGCCAAAGCCUUGUUUAGAAGAGGCCAAGCCUACUUCCAUCUAAAUGACCUUGAGAAAGCAGAAAGAGACUUGAAAGCUGCAGAGGAAUUGGAACCUGAAGGUAAGUUGUGCCAUUACGUCAGAGUCAAUAGUUUAUAA